AGGAGCUCCUGCCAUCUCUGACCCCUGCUCACCUGGACUAGGCCUGAGAACAUGAGGUGGCCCCUGACCCCUGCACUGCUGCUGCUGCUGCUGCUACUGCAGCUUGGGGCUCCGGGGGCCAAGGCUCCAAGAGCCUGUGGGCGCCCAAGGAUGCUGAAUCGGAUGGUGGGCGGGCAGGACGCCAUGGAGGGCGAGUGGCCCUGGCAGGUCAGUAUCCAACGCAACGGGAGCCACUUCUGUGGAGGCAGCCUCAUCACGGAGCAGUGGGUCCUCACCGCAGCACACUGCUUCUCCAACACCUCAGAAACAUCCCUAUAUCGAGUCCUGCUGGGGGCGCGGCAGCUGCUGCAGCCAGGGCCACAUGCCGUGUACGCCCAUGUGAGGCGGGUGGAGAGCAACCCCCUGUACCAGGGCAUGGCCUCCAGUGCUGACGUGGCCCUGGUGGAGCUCGAAGCACCAGUGGCCUUCACCAACUACAUACUCCCUGUGUGCGUGCCCGACCCCACAGUCAUCUUUGAGAAGGACAUGAACUGCUGGGUCACUGGCUGGGGCAGUCCCAAUGAGCAAGACCACCUGCCCAACCCAAGGAUCCUGCAGAAGCUUGCAGUGCCCAUUAUUGACACACCCAAGUGCAACCUGCUCUACAGCAAAGAUGCUGAGUCUGGCUUCCAGCCCAGAACCAUCCAGGACGACAUGCUCUGUGCAGGCUUUGCAGAGGGCAAGAAGGACGCCUGCAAGGAACCACAAGCGGCUCGUGGAAGCCCAGGAGAAAAAGGGCUGGGCUGGCACCCUUCUGGCCCCAUCAAGCCCUGGGUCCAAGAAUAUGUGUGGGAACUGAAGAUAUGAGGGCAAAGUGACCCUGCCCAAUGCCACCAUUCAACACUCAGGCACUUGAAGGUAGGACAGGUGGGGGUGUGGCAGAGAGAAGCCCCUAAUGCCAGGGACACACCUGCUCCCAGCAUCAACACUGUUUUCCUCAGGAAGCUUAGUCUAUCUGCAGGGCCUUCACCCACUGAGUGACAGCACUGGGGGUCAGCCCUCCACCUCCUGGGCUGGGCUCAGGCACCAGCCAACCAGAGGUGUGGCUCCUGCCCCUAUACAGUGCCCCAGUCAGCUCAGGCAUGGCCUCUCCAGAAGGCCCAGCAGCUGAAGACCCACUUAGGGGACCUGCAUGCCACAAGUCUCUGCCUCCUCCUUCUGUCCCCUACCUGCCCCCUGGGUUGGUGACUGUCACAAUGCUCCCUGAGUGGGGCUCCAUGGUGGGUAGGCUGUGCCUAAUGCUAUAAUUUGGACCUGGAAUGCUUCCCAAAGGUUCAUGUGCUGAAGGCUUGGUCCCCAGUGUUCAGAGGUGGGGAUUUGGGGAAGUGAUUGGAUCAUGAGGGUGCCCAUCAGUGGAUUAAUCCAUUGAUGGAUUUGCAACUGAAAGGACUGCUGGGAGGUGGUGGAAACUGCAGGAGGUACGCUCCUUCCUAGCCACCAUGAGGUCAGCAGCUCUGUUCCACCACACCCUCCCUGCCACAUUCCACCUCACCACAGACCCAAGCUCCAUGGAGACAAGGGACCACCGAC